UGAUGAACACAUUGUAGUGUAGAAGAGCAUUGGGUCAUUUUGUGAAAGCAGUUGUGAGACUUUUUCGAAAUGGAUUACACUUACAUUAUCUUUUCAGUUUUAGUUGUGAUCCACUCAGGCGUAUCGCUGAAGUGUCCUACAUGUCGUGGAAAGACUUGCGAAGAAUCGGAAGUUCCAACAAGAGAGUGCACUUUCCGCAAUACCGAACUCAUCGGGAUAGCUAAAAGUGACUUAGCUUCUUCGAAUUAUGCCUGUCUCCAAGCUGAGUUCAUUAAAGAUGGAAAGGCCGAAAAAAUCCAGCAAUGUGUGGCUUCUAUUACUCAUGACGAUGUUUGUAAUAAACUUCAAGACUCUUAUAGUGUUAUAAGUUGUAAAGUGAACAAUACUCAAGUGCUGUUGUCAAAACGUGAAUUCAACGAUAACAGUGCCAAAAUAUUACUUAAUGAAGACACCUCAGACUUCCUGGAGCCAUUUUCUGAUACUACUCCAGAGCCUACUGAUGAAACUCCAGAGCCUACUGACGAGACACUAGAACCUACUGACGAGACCCCAGUGCCCAGUGAUGAGACCCCAGAGCCUACUGACGAGACACCAGAGCCUACUGAUGAAACUCCAGAGCCUACUGACGAGACUCUAGAACCUACUGACGAGACUCUAGAACCUACUGACGAGACCCCAGAGCCUACUGAUGAGACCCCUGAACCAACGCCCGACCCCAGUAAUGAAACCCCAGAACCUACUGACGAGACACCAGAACCAACACCCGAGCCUACUGACGAGACUCUAGAGCCUACUGAUGAAACUCCAAAGCCUACUGAUGAGACCCCAGAACCAACACCUGAGCCUACUGACAACACUCCAGAGCCUACUGAUAACACACCAGAACCAACACCCGAGCCUACUGACGAGACUCUAGAACCUACUGAUGAAACUCCAGAGCCUACUGAUGAGACCCCAGAACCAACACCUGAGCCUACUGAAGACACUCCAGAGCCUACUGAUGACACACCAGAACCAACACCCGAGCCUACUGACGAUACUCCAGAACCAACACCCGAGCCAACUGACGAGACUCCAGAACCAACACCCGAGCCAACUGACGAGACCUCAGAGCCUACUGAUGAGACUCCAGAGCCUACUGACGAGACCCCAGAACCAACACCCGAGCCUACUGACGAGACCCCAGAACCAACACCCGAGCCAACUGACGAGACCCCAGAGCCUACUGAUGAGACUCCAGAACCUACUGACGAGACCCCAGAACCAACACCCGAGCCUACUGACGAGACCCCAGAACCAACACCCGAGCCAACUGACGAGACCCCAGAGCCUACUGAUGAGACCCCAGAACCAACACCCGAGCCUACUGACGAGACACCAGAACCAACGCCCGAGCCCACUGACGAGACCCCAGAACCAUCACCCGAGCCCACUGACGAAACCCCGGAGCCUACUGAUGAGACUACAGAGCCUACUGACGAAACCCCAGAACCAACACCCGAGCCUACUGACGAGACCCCAAAACCAACACCCGAGCCAACUGACGAGACCCCAGAGCCUACUGAUGAGACCCCAGAACCAACACCCGAGCCUACUGACGACACCCCAGAGCCAACUGACGAAACACCAGAACCAACGCCCGAGCCCACUGACGAGACACCAAAACCAUCUACCGAGCCCACUGACAAAACUCCAGACCCUACUGAGAAGACCCCAGAGCCUACUGACCAGACCUCAGAUACUACUGGCAACACCCCAGUCCCAAGGCCGAGUAGCAGUAAUACUGAAAUCAGUCCACUGUCUUUAAUAAUAUUUUUGAGUAUGUUGCUAUGUUAUCAUCAAAUGUAGUUCAAGUUAAAAUUUAUUGUCACUAAUUAGUAUAUUAUUGUAAAUUUUGUACAAAAAUUAACGUAGAAAAAAUAACUUAUUAAUUUAUUAUUGUCCUUGUGUAACGCGUUAUGAAAAAUAAAGCGCCUCUAGUUACUC